UAUCUCAGCCCCUCUCUCUCUCUUUCUCUCGGUCUCUGUCGCUGUGUGUCUGUGUGUCCCUAAAACCCUCUGUUUCUCACUUUGUAAAGGCUCCGAGAGGUAGGAGUUUGGGCGCUAAAUGGCUUUGUCUCAAUCUCAGACGAAGAAAAAGCAAGUGCACCUCUUCUACUACCCGGAGUGCGAGGACCUCGCGCGAAACGUCGCCGCUCAGUCCGACAAUAUCACUCUCCAAACCAUCAAAUGGAGGAAUUUUGAUGAUGGAUUUCCAAACAUUUAUAUUAACGAUGCACAAGAUCUGAGAGGUCAACAUGUUGCCUUUCUUGCAUCCUUCAGCUCCACAGGAGUUAUCUUCGAGCAGCUUUCUGUCAUAUAUCUACUCCCACGGUUGUUUGUUGCUUCCUUCACAUUGGUCUUGCCUUUCUUUCCAACUGGCUCCUUUGAGCGAAUGGAAGAUGAAGGGGAUGUAGCAACAGCAUUUACGUUAUCAAGGAUGUUGACAAAUAUACCUAUAUCGAGAGGUGGCCCUACUAGUUUAGUCAUCUAUGAUAUCCAUGCUUUGCAGGAAAGAUUUUAUUUUGGGGACCAUGUUUUGCCUUUGUUUGAGACUGGUAUUCCUCUCCUAAAGCAGCGUCUUCACGAACUUCCUGAUGCUGACAAUAUUGUUGUUGCAUUUCCAGAUGAUGGAGCUUGGAAGCGAUUCCACAACCUUUUGGAUCAUUUUCCCAUGGUGGUGUGCGCAAAGGUUCGUGAAGGUGAUAAGAGAAUAGUACGGCUCAAGGAAGGAAAUCCUGCUGGUUGUCAUGUAGUCAUUGUUGAUGAUUUGGUCCAAUCUGGAGGCACCCUGAUUGAAUGCCAGAAAGUUUUGGCAGCUCAUGGUGCAGCAAAGGUGAGUGCUUAUGUGACCCAUGGGGUGUUUCCUAAGCGCUCAUGGGAGAGGUUCACCCACAAGGAUGAAGGCUCGGAAAAGGCCUUUGCCUACUUUUGGAUAACAGAUUCAUGCCUUCUUACUGUCAAAGCCAUAGCAGAUAGAGCUCCUUUUCAAGUGUUGAGUCUUGCAGGAUCAAUUGCUGAUGCUCUACAAACUUGAAAAGAUAUUUGUAGGGACUUAAGAAAGAUACACAUGGAAGAAAUGCAUCUCUGAACACAACCUGGUUGUGAUUUAUUUUAGGCAAAACAGUGUUCAAGAAGCCUAUUUCGUGAUUUAUGUUACUGACGCAAAAAGCAUCAGUGCUGGUUUGAAUGU